AUGACUAAAUAUUGCCGUUAUCACCGAAACAACGGCCACACCACAGAGGAAUGCAAAUCACUCCAAGACAAGAUUGAAGAAUUGGUUCGUGUUGGCCACUUCUGCCGCUUCAUCCGCAGAGACGAUCACCCUCCACGUUCUGACCACCGAAGCCCUUCCCGCGAUUCUCGUCACGACAAACGUCCUAACCAACCCACCAACUGCGACCACCAACCUGCUUGCACUAAUAUCGCCCCGACCGACCCCCCACUACGCGGGACCAUUAACACCAUCUCUGGUGGCUUCGCUAGUGGGGGAUCCACCUCAUCAGCCAGAAAGAGACAUCUCCGCCAUCUACAAUCCAUCAACCACAUCACCCAGUCCCACCACAGAUGUCGCAUGGCCCCUAUAACCUUCACAAACGAUGAUUUCCAUGGCCUUGAUCACGAACAGGAUGACCCCAUGGUCAUCACGGUGGAGUUGGAAAAUUAUGCCGUCAAGAAGGUCCUCAUCGACCAAGGUAGCUCAGUUGACAUCCUCUAUUGGGCAACAUACCAGAAACUACAACUCCCCACUACCACUAUGGUUCCGUACGAUGAACCCAUAUAUGGUUUCUCAGGGGAAAAAGUCUCCACCCGCGGCUACAUCGACCUCCAUACUGUCUUUUGUGACGACACUCAAACCAAGACAAUCCUCAUCGGCUUCCUUGUCGUCGACAUGCCUACAUCAUAUAAUGUCCUUCUCGGCCGACCAUCCCUCAACACUCUCGGCGCAGUGGUAUCCACACCUCAUCUGGCCAUGAAAUUUCCAUCCCCAUCCAACGAUAUCCUCACCAUCCACGGCGACCAACAGCUUGCGCGCGAAUGCUACAUGGCCAACUUAUGCCCACAACUUCCCAUUCUUCAAUCCAAUCAUAUUGAGCGUCCACCCGGCUUUGACAUAACCCUAUUUGGAGAUGAUUUGGACCCUAGAGUAGGUCGGGAUGCACGCCUCGAGCCGGUCGAUGAAACUACACCAUUGGAACUCCCAAAUGGACGUACCAUCAAACUAGGCACUGGCUUACAACCCGAGCAUCGUGAAAUCCUUACGCCUACCCUCAUUAGCAAUAAAGACCUCUUUGCCUGGUCCACCGUUGACUUUCCAAGUGUUGACCCUUAA